UAUCUCCACAUCUGCACGCUUCUCGAUGCGUUCCGUGCGGGUUUAGGUUCGAGACCUAUGUAGGCCCCGACAAGCAAACGUAUUGAUGGUGUUUAUUGGACAAGAUGAGCCGUGCCUCACACUUGUCUCGCGUUCCAACUGAUGAUGAUCUUGUAUGAAGGAUCGGGUCUAAUGUUGACCAUGCGGGAAUAGUCUUUGUGGACAAAGGUACAUAAAAGGCUACAUCCCACGAUGACGAGAAUGUGUUGGUAUUUAGAGUCGCGUCGAACUUUCCUUGCCGUGCCAAAGCUUCAUUUCAACAGAAUAUAGACGGACCACGCGAAGUGGAGGCUCAAGCGAUGGAGAGCAACUACAACAGAGACCCCGACGUUGAGAGUAGUGGAGACGAAAAGGGCAAGCACAAUGCAACUGGGGCACCUCUCACAGAGGCGAAGUCUGCUUCACAAGUACCAUGGACGUUGACGAGGGUUGUGGCUGUCGUGUCACUUUGUCUGGUCUAUGUUGGUGCUCAGUCGAUUCUUUACAUGACAGGCGGCACACUCAACUACAUCGGAGCGAGCAUCGGUACCAAGUAUCCUAAUUGGCUGCUGACUGCAAAUACUCUUGCUGUUACUGCUAUAUGCCCCUUUGUAGGGUAUAUCAGUGAUCUUCUAGGGAGGCGAUACGUGACCAUCUUCGGCUCUCUGCUACUGAUUGUCGCCAGUGUUGUGCAAGCAACUUCCAAAUCACUGGGCUCCUCUGUCACUGCACAAGCUCUGGGUGGUAUUGGCGCCGGCAUAUGCGAACUGACGGCUUUGGCUGGUGUUGCCGAGAUCACUCCCGUUCGGUAUCGCGGAGUGACGCUCUCGGUCGUCACAUUCAGCAUUCUACCAUUCAUCCCAUACAUCCUCUACAUUGAAGAGCUCCACGCACACUCCACCUGGCGCUGGGCACUCGGCAUUGCUGCCAUCUGGAACGGUAUCGGCACGAUCGGUAUCAUCCUCUGCUACCAUCCACCGCCACGUCAUAUGGUCGAUGAUCUAUCGAGAAUGGACAUCUUGAAGCGCAUUGACUGGGGCGGUGCUUUCUUGAGCAUCAGCGGAGUCACGCUGUUUCUCGUAGGUCUUCAGUAUGGCGGCUACCAGGCGCCCUGGACGAGCGCUACUACUCUUGCACCACUGAUCAUUGGCAUUCUCCUCAUCGUCGCAUUCUGCGUGUACGAGGCGUUCAUCCCAAAAUUCCCGAUGGUGCCUGCGGCAAUUUUCAAAGGCCAGCGCGUUGUGCUGAUGUCGUACAUCAUAGUCUUCAUUGCGGGUAUGGAAUUCUACUCAAUUCUUGGCUUUUUCCCUCUGAUGCUGCAGAACGUCUGGCCAGCAAGCCCUGAACAGACUGGCCUCCGCGGCUUCUGGUAUCCUCUUGCUAUCUUGAUCGGGGCCUGUCUAGUCAGUGCCGGCAUCACAUACAGCCGCGGCCGCGUCGCCUGGAUGUUCGUAACCUGCUCCGUACUUAUGACUGCCUUCUGCGGCUCGCUUGCUUCGGCCACGCCCUUCAACAUGCCGCGGUCCGUAGCAUUCGCCACCCUUGGCUCGCUCGGUAUUGGAGGUGUGAUUGUGCCUUGCCUGACCGUCGCCCUCUAUUGCUGCCCUGACGCAUAUAUCGGCACCACGGCCGCACUAUCCCUCGCCGUGCGCUUCCUCGGUGGCUCCGUCGGCACGACCAUCUACUACAACAUCUUCAACACCUCUUUCAUGACCAACGUACCCAAACUCAUCGCCCCGGCCGUCGUCGCAGCAGGGUUGCCAGUCGACUCUGUCGAGGCCUUCAUCGGUGCCCUCUUCACCGAUCCAACAUCCGCGCUCACAAUCCCCGGAGUUACGAUGGAGAUUCUGCAGGUUGGCGGGCUGCAGGCGCGUUGGGCAUUUACGGAGAGCUUGAAAGGGGUGUGGUAUGCGAGUAUUGCGUUUGGAGCGGUGAGCAUUGUUGCGAGUUGCUUCUUGCCGAAUAUCAAGAGGUUUAUGACGAAUCGCGUGGCUGUUGAUAUUCAUUGAGAUGAUUUUCAGGGGAGGGUUUAUGAGGAUUGGUAUGGAGAUGGACUUGAAUAGU